CUGGGGGGGGGGGGGCGGCCUUCGUCACCUGGAGGCUCGAACGAACACAUCUUGUCAUGACCUGGAACAUUCAAAGAAGCAGAAAAUAUCCGAUCGUCUUACACUGUCUUCACUAAUAAACUAGGCAUUGCAAGAAGAUAGUACAGCUCAGGAUGAAUUUCUGCUCAGAGAUUUUGGAUCCCAAGAUAUCCUCGAACAAACCAGGUGCAGAUGGCAGGGAAGUCAGUAACUUGAUAAGUGAGGAUCCAUCAGCCAGAAAAAAGGGGUUCAUGGGAGAGUACUUCAUUCGGCCUCCCAUUGACGUGUCCCUGGUUUUCCCUGUACCUGUUCACAUUAGCCAUAUUAUUAUAAAUUCCCGGUUGGAUCACAUGAACAGCAAUGGCUUUACUGUUUUUACAAGGCUGGACGACACCUCUCCAGUUCAACAAAAAGUAUCAGAUAAAGUAAAUUCUUUAGGCAAAUCUUCUGAAAUAAGUGGAAAUAGCAAGCAAUUAGGAGAAACUUUGGCCAGAUCCCCUUUGUCAGAUACAUUUCUUCAAAAGGAAUUUUAUUCCUGUGCUGCAGAGCCGGAUUUAGAAGCAUCUAAGAAUAACUUUUCAAAAAAUGUGGCCUCUUCUGAAGUAAAGCAGAAUAUGAGACCCAUUGCUCAAACAGAAGAAAAAUUUGAAGAUUUGUAUUUUUGUGUUGGCAAGUUCUUUACCCAGAAUGCGGAAAGAAUUGUUCUUAGAAAUCCUCAUUAUCAGCACUGGUUGCAUAUACCAAUGCCAGGUUUUGAUAUAAGGAAUCAAGUUCAAGAAGAAUACAAGGGAUCUCUGAAGCACCCCAACAGACAAGCAUUGAAGGUAGUGAAGAGCAUGAUUAUCAGGAUAAUGUGCACAGUAGCAAAGGGCCCACCAGUCAUUCAGUCCCUUGAAGUCUGGGGUCAGCCCAGCAUCACCACAAGCAAGAGUCAAAAAAGGUUCCUUUUAGAUAAGUGGAAAUGUCGAACACAAGAGGACAAAACUGCACCACCUUUGCCACGGUUAUAUAACUCAGAGCCAGAGGCGACUCAUUCAGAGUCUCCUAUGGCUAAUGCUAGUACUUCGGCAGCACAAGAUUCCCUGGACAUUCCUGAGGACUUUCUUGAUCCUCUGACGUGCGAAGUGAUGUCAGUGCCAUUGCUGAUGCCUUCAGGGCAUUCCAUAGAUGCCCACACCCUGGAAAGGUUUAUUGCAAAUGAGUCCAUCUGGGGAAGACCCCCCUCGGACCCAUUCACAGGAGUUCCCUUCAAGCAGGGUCAGCAGCCGACACCCAAUGUUCCACUGAAGGCACGCAUUGAUAGAUUCCUGCUUCUGAAUGUGAAUCACGAAGAAGUGAAGAAGAUUGGCCGCACUGUGGGCUCAGCUAAUAGAGUGUAUGGGCAGUGGCAACAUAGUCACCAGAAUGGCAGUACUUCCUCCUCUUUUUACACAAAAAGAAAAAAUGAAUCACCAGAGAGAGACAGAAAGUUAUUAAAAAGUGAAAGUGAGGGAAUGAGUGAUAAGCAAAAGGGACUGAACAAAGAAAGAGACAGUAUGGUGAAUAGUACAUCAGAAAAAUUAAUGAAAGGUGCAGAAAGAAAAGAUUCAGAAGAGAAGCUAAGUAAUGUUGUGAGUAAAAAUGAUGAAGAAGGUAAAGAAACAAAUACAGUAAGAAAACCCUCUACAAGCUAUAGAACUAGUUAUCACAAGUCAGUGAGCUGUCCCACUGCAGGUAGAUCUAGUGGUCAUCACAGUUUAGUGCACAUGAUAGGAGGUGUCCUUUCCAUGGCCCAGAGUAGAGGUCCCCAGAGCAGAGGUCCCCAGAGCAAGGGUAUUCCUCGUCACAAGCCAAAUGAAAAGCCCCCAAGUUUGAUCUGUGGUGAUGUAAAACAAAAAGAAUUUGAUCUGCCUUCAGUCAGUGUACAAGCUUGUUCUUGUGGAAGGAAAGAGCAACUGUAUACCUUACCAUGCCAGCAUGUUUUAUGUCGCCCAUGUUUACAAGUUCUUUCUGUUGAAAAUAAGUGUUCUGUAUGCAAGAAGACAUUCAAGAAAUCAGAAGUAACAAAACAUCAUUCAAAGAGCAUAUAUUCCUGAUAUUGAUUUAUGUUAGGGGAAUAUACAAUAUUUUGCAUUUUUUGUUAGUUCACAGUUGAAACAAAUUAUUCCUGCAAUUACUUUGAUAUGCAGUGUUAUGAAUUCAUUCACAAAACAAUCAGGACAAAUUAUGUCAAAUGUGGUAAAAUCAUUUACAUAUAUUAGAAUAUUAGAAUGAAAUACUGUUCAGAUCUUGGAUCAUUAUUUGUUGUACCUUUGCAUUUUGUGUAUAUAGACGGAUGUGGUAUUGUUCUGCGCAGCAAUGGAAAAAGAUUACUUAUUCUUUCUACUUAUGUCUUAAUGAUGUUAUGUAAUACUGUUAUUAUUUAAUAAAGCUUCCUGGUGGGAA